AUGUUACCUCUGUUUGCUGGCAGUCUCCACAGGUUUAAGUGUCAUGAUCUUUGGUCGAGUUUUAUUUGGUCUCACGUUGCGGUUCUCAGAAAAUCUCGGUUUUCACAGCUUAAAUGUCUUCAAAGAGUUGUUAUUUAGGAAGCAGUUUUCUGUAUUUACCUACUGCUGCGGAAACGUCACAGCUUUAGACUCGACUGCAAACAGGUUCACACUUCAGAUUCGAGCACAGACUGGCCUUUACCUGUCAGGAGUUCACAGCAUGAAUCCAGCCACCAUCUAUGGAGGAGCAAACACAGAAGUAGAUUUAGAUGAAGAUGAGGAGGAGGAGGAUAGGAGAGAGAGUCGGGAUGGACCUGAACCUGGAGCGACACUGAAGCCCAAGAUUACAGCAGAUCAGGUGGAAGCAGUGAGCAUGGAUGUCAUUGAAGCCUCUAAACUGUCAGUUCCUCCAGCAUCAAGCAAGAAACCCUCCAAAAGUCAAAAGAGGAGAGAAAAGAAGAAACUAACAAGGAAGAAGUUCAAGCCUCCUGAUAUUUCUGCUGACUUGAUGUCAGAACUCCCAUUCGCACUUACCAGCCCCACCACAUGGAAAGAACUGGGCUUUCCCAUCCCAGAGUCGACAGAGAAAAAGAGAAAGAGAAAAAGGGGAGAGAGAGUGGACAGCGAGGAGGACGGAGACAGCAAAAAGAAGAAAAGAGAAAUCAAGCGACCAAACUACUUCCUGUCUAUCCCCAUCACAAACACUCAGAUAACCUCAGCUGUAGCCGAGGUUCAGGAAAGCGUCCUUCAGCAGGAGCCGCGACUCGCCAAAGCCAUGAUCCCGGUCCCAACUCUUCACAUCACGCUGCUGGUCACUCAUCUGGCCAAUCAGGAGCAAGUAGAUCUAGCGGCGGCGGUGCUGGGUCAGGCUGAACCGGCAGUGGCUGAGCUCCUGGGGGGGCGGGAUCUGGUGCUGCCCUUCUCGGGGAUCAGACAUUUCCGGAAGGAGGUGGUGUUUGUGGGACUGGCCGACGGUGAGCACAGACGCACGCUGGACCGGCUGGCAGAGUUGCUGCGGAGCCGCUUUGAGGAGCAGGAUCUUCUGCAGGGAGACGGCCGUGACUUUGAACCUCACCUCACUAUUAUGAAGCUGUCCAGAGCAUCCAAACUACGUUCUCAGGGUGUGAAGCGCGUUGACCCGUCCGUGUACGCCGACUACACAAACAAAUUCUUUGGCAGCCUGACAGUGGAACGGGUGGAUUUGUGUUCUAUGUUGAAAAAGAAGCAACAAGAUGGAUAUUACCACACUGAAACGUCACUACAGCUGGAUUUGACUCAGAGUCCGCUCCAUCCCAAACGCUCAAGUGGGCGUCGCCGAUCUGAGCCCGAUGAGGCGGAGCUUCUGAGAGUGAGCAAGCGAUUGGUGGAGGAUGCCGUCAAUCGUGCUUUGCAGCAGUACAAGCAGGAAACGCUUCAAAAUGGGGGCGGUCCCAACGCAGCUGCCACAAAGCCCCCGGGAAAUACAGAGGAAACCUCGGGCAAAACGGACACUAUAGCAAACUCCACAGACAACAGGAAGUGACAUCACCUGACGCGCAGUGAUUAAGCAAACCUCGACUUGGGGUCGAUGACCAGGCGCAACCAGCCGACCGGUCAGUCCACUUUGCUGGACCCGCUCCCAGCUGAGCUAGCUAAACACCCAACUACUUUAUAUCGUAGCUUCAAAUCCAAGCUAGCUGACCGUUCCAACUGGUCGGCGAGUUAAUCCAGUUUAACUGAUUCUGCUGUCAAACAUCAAAGAGGAAGCGUCGUCCUUCGCUCAGAUUCACUGUGACACAGAAACUGCCCUUUUAGAACAAGAUGUUUAUCUUUUAUACACAGUUUGGGUAACUUUUACAAACCUAAUGAAGGAGCCCACCGAUCCGGACGAUUCUGAAGGAAAAUCUGAAGAAAGAAGUCGAUCACCUCAACUGAAUCCCUGUUUUGACCUCUGGGUUCUUCCAGCUUCGCUGUGAAACCUUUUCUUGCACUUUGGUUGGGUUUUGAUGGUGGUUUCGUUCACUACACGACAUGGAUUCCUCCGUUUUUAACUUCAAACUCAAGACUUCCGCCAGCGUCCAGAAGUUCCCCCUCGCCUAAGCGUUACAGGCUACUAAAAAAGUUUCGAUCGUGUUGGGAGGAAACUGACAAUCAUCAAGAUUAACUGGAAGAGUCGGCUGACUCGACCCUUUUUUGUUGGAUCCGCGGACGACCGUCGCGAUCUGACGCCACUUCUGAGAAAAGCAAAAACGCUAACCAAACAAAAGCUGACGAGAGACGGCGGAGAUGCCAGGAAGUAAUCCACUACACUCCGAAGUUGCCAAGAACACAUCUAUACUUCAACAGUGCCAAAACCUCAACGAAAACUGUCCAACCUUCACUUCCUGUCUGCUUGUGCGUGGAUCUCCUACUUUGUUUUAUGUUUGUGUUGCAUUUGAUUAUGUUUGAAAACCACAGGUUGAAUAUUUAUUACAUGUUAUUACAUUACAUGUCUGGCUGUUGGCAACUCAGUGCUAGAAGUUCCUUUGGAGUUCUGCUCCCAGAGCCGAGCAGACACCCAGUCUUCAACUUUUAUUUUGAAACUGUAAUCCGCCAUCGUUAUAAACAUCAAACUUGUUAGGAAUGAAUCAAAAGGUAAAGGCAACACUUGGAUUGAGAUUUUGAUUAAGUUGAUUAUUAAAAAAAAUAAUUUGCUGUUAAAGUAAAACAAAAAAAUGGGGUUCAAAAUGAAGGUUUUAUGUUUUUUAUGACUAAACAUACUCAGUUUGUAUUUUUGAAACCUUAAAAAGCACAACUUUUUUUUUUAAGAUACUAUAUUUAACAACAAAGCAGCCCACUUUUUAAAGGAAACGAAAUCUUUAAAUCAGUGGAAUAAAUGUGAAAAUAUUCUAUUUUUUGGUUGUGGUGACAAAGAUUUGCUUAGGUUUUUCAAAAUAAAAUGAAGCUGUGGCUAAAGGGUUAUAUUUAGUUAAAUAUAAAAAGUAUUUAAUGUGUUUUUGACGUCCAUCCCUGGAAGUUAGAAACAGGCGGAUUCUUGAACUGUCACCAGGUCCUUAAUCUCCUCCAGAAGAAAACAAUCCCCUUUAAACACAGAAGCUCUGCUGUUCGCCCAUCAGCCUGUGUGUGUGUGCAGGAGGUGCACCUCUCUGACAAACCGUCAUCUGAGUCAGUCGCUGCACCAUCGGGCGCCUAGUGUGUGUGUGAACACAUUCUCGCCCUCCUGUGUGCGUGUCAUUCCCGUGUGCUCACGUGUGCGCCGGGCCGUGUGGGCGUGUUCUUUGUACCGUGUUCUGUAGAUCCCUGCUCUGACAUGUUUGAACAAUAAAAGAGGAUAUGAGAUUCAAAAGUGAUAA